AGUUCAGCGAGAACUCCCAGUUCGUUACAAUGGAUCCCUUCGACAAAGAAGACGAGUACCGCUGCAAUCCGAGGUGUGUGAAGCGAAGCUAGUCACUUGACUCAGAUUCGGACAGACUGACAGAAGAUGAAGAGCUCUCUGAUUCGGACUCAGAAUAUGGAGGAACGAUGAGUCUGGGAAGUAUCGACCUUCAAAAACCAAAAGAUAUUUUGGACGAAGGAAGUUUAAACACGGAAAUCUUAUUUCCAGAGGAGGAAAGACAUGCAAGACACUGGCAACAUUAGACGGCAAAGAGUCCUAAAUCUCAGCAGCGGUGAACAGAUGUCUAUCAGUCCAGGUAUUCCGAACAAAAAACAGAGGGAGUUGGGAACUCUCGAAGAGGUCUGGCAGUUGACAUCUCUGCCAAUAAACGACUCUACUCCACUUGCUCAGCAUAGUCAGGACAUCGGACCAGAGAAACAGGAAUCAGUUAUGGCGCCUUAUCAAAGGAUUCACGCAGAGGGAAAGCAUAGGGAGGAAUCUGUGGUUGUAGGGGGUGAAAAAGUAUUGCCUGAACCUAGUUCACUUCCACGGCUGAAUCAGGAAAUGGGGAUGGGUCUGGCUCAGACUCCAAGAACUGAUACCCAACAGCUGGUCCAUUUGCAAUCAUCUAAGCCACCUUCAGGUCUUUGGGUGCAGGUGGACAAUGCCAAUGCAGGUUAGCAAUCUAUUUGAGACUACAACCUUCAAGUGGCCUAAGAAAAGAGGUAAAGUCUUGUGGAGGUGUGCUAGGGCUGAACUGGUUUGGACUGUUUGGGAAGAAAGAAAUGUCAGGAUCUUUGAUGAGAAGGAGAGGAACGAGAUCAUUGUAUGGGAUUGCUUAAUUAAUAGAGCCAUUAAUUGGGUAAAGACCCUGGAACCCUUUUCCUCAUUCUCUUUUGAUGAUUUAUGGAGAAAUUGGGAAGUGGUUGCCAAAAGCUCUAGUACAAGACCUAAACCGUUUUUUUUUUUUAUGAAUGUACAAGACCUAAACCGUUAGCACAAUUGAAACCUCCUCAAGAGGGUAUCAUUAAGCUCAACUUUGAUGGCUGCAGUUUAGGCAAUCCGGGUCCUUCGGGUGUUGGGGGAGUGUUUAGAAAUACCAAAGGGCUAAUCAUUGCUUUAUAUUCUAGCCCUAUAGGAGUAGGGGACUCAAUCAAUGCAGAAAUUCAAGCAGCGCUACAAGGAGCUGAAUUUUCCAAGGAACUGAACUGUGAACAGUUGUUAAUUGAAGGUGAUUCAAAGUUGGUGAUCAGUGGUUAAAAGAACCAGAAACAGCAGCCUGGUCCUAUAAAGGAGCUUUACAAAGAUUCAAAUGGUUAACGAAAAACAUGUCAGUCCAAUUCCAAUGGGAAAGAAGAUCAGCAAAAGCAAAUGGGUUAGCAGAUUCAUUAGCUAAACAAGGGGUGCAUAGGAAUCAGAUGUUUUGGGCUAAACUGUAAUUUUUGCUCUAACCUGAGGCUGCAUCUCGUGCCUCAUCUUAGGAAUUUUCUCUGUGUAUCUUUUAUGCUUUUUAUCUAUUAAUAAAUUCACUCAUUAUUCAUCAAAAGAAAUUAUUUCACAUCAAAAAGAAAAAAUAGUGGUAGUAGGGAACAUUGGCAUAUGCCUUAGAAGAUAGGCCUACAAAAAAACCCUAGAAGGGCAAGCAAUAACAAUAAAAAGUGGCAUUACAAUACAAAGCUCCCAUAAUGACUCCACGAGAAUAAUCCAAUCCCACAAUACAAAGGGCUCCUACCUCCUCUCCCAUGGCCAUCUCAUAACCCAAAAAAAUUGACCAAUCUAGUAGUCCAAAUAAAUGAGUUGUUAACUUAUUUAAUAGGUAGAUGAAAUUCAUGAGAUGUUAACUAUAGACACUAGUGAUCUAGCCCCUCAUAAAGUGAUAUCAUGAUUAAAAAAAUGUCCAGUCCCAAUCAUGCCACAAUACAUAAAUUUCAAUACAAUAGUUCAAACUAAGGACAAUCUCACUCCUGUCUAGUUACCAAUAUCAUGCCAUAAAUAAAAAAACUAAGCCCAAAUGAAGACCAAUGAAGAAUAUACAUGAUAGAUGCAUUUGUAAGAUGGUCUAUAAAGAAAGAUAUCUGGAAGACCUCUUGCCCUGCAUUCUUGCUUUUUGAUUUCACCUGUUCAUGUAUAUACAUAUAGUAAGAAGCUCCUAGCAUGUUAAUUAUGCAUGAUUACCUUUAUUAACUUAAGACAUUUUCAUUCAAACCUUUCAUUUAUGCAUCUAUGACAUAAUGCAUGUUUUGUCUCUUUUUUUUUUGGAAUUCACAUUCACUUAUUAAAAUAAAAAGCAGUGAAAGGCACAGACUUCAUAGGAAAGACUCUAUAUAAAUAAUA